AUGAUUAAUUCUUGUCUCUUUUUCCCAUUUGUGGCCACCGAUUCGGGACGACUACUGACCACAUGUUUGGCGCCUGAACCCAAUCCGGGACGAGAUCUUCAGCCGGUGCCAACCUACCACCUAUCGGCCGGACUGGUCCACAAUGGCGCCCUGACUCGGGACCAGAGCAAGCCGCGAUGUGGCAACCGUGGGCUUGCCGAAACCUGUCUUCCAAUCGGGCUGAACCGAGAGGAGUAG